GGCGGGUUUGGCGAAAGCGCGGCGGCGGCGGCGGCUUCUUACAGCAGGAGCGCGUAGCACCGACCGACCAUGGCGCGCAAGAAGGUGCGGCCGCGGCUGAUCGCCGAGCUGGCCCGCCGCGUGCGGGCCCUACGCGAGCAGCGGGAGCGGCCGCGCGACUCACAGCGCUAUGCUCUGGACUACGAGACGCUGACGCGGCCUCACUCGGGCCGCCGGCUGCCCAUGCGGGCCUGGGCCGACGCGCGCCGCGAGAGCCGCCUCCUGCAGCUGCUCUGUCGCCUCCCGUUCUUCGGCCUGGGCCGCCUAGUCACACGCAAGUCCUGGCUGUGGCAGCACGACGAGCCGUGCUACUGGCGCCUCACGCGUGUCCGCCCGGACUACACGGCACAGAACUUGGACCAUGGUAAGGCCUGGGGCAUCCUGACCUUCAAAGGAAAGACGGAGGGCGAGGCCCGAGAAAUCAAGCAGGCCAUGUAUCACGACUGGCGGCUGGUGCCCAGGCACGAGGAGGAGGCCUUCACCGCUUUCACGCCGGUGCCCGAGGAGACUCUGGGCUCUGUGCCCUACCCGCCGCUGCUCCGGGCCAUGAUUCUAGCAGAGCGACAGAAAAAUGGGGACACCAGUACCGAGGAGCCCAUGCUGAAUCUGGGGAGAAUACGCAUUGAUUCCUGGGACUACCCUGUGAAACAAGAGGCAAAGAGAAAACCCAAGGGCACUCCAGUCUAAAAUGCAAGAACGGGCAGUCUGCCUGAAGGGUGUAAGGCAGUGGACAUCAUUUUGAUGAAACAAAAUGUCUUUGGAUUACACCUGAAUCAGCUCCCUGAAACCUCUGUGACUUGUUCUGAGACUGCACCUGUGUCUUUCCUCUGUUCCUGUUGCCCAAACCCAAAUCUCCCUGAAGGGGCCACUCAGGAGCAGGCAGCUGCUGGGGGAAAGCUGAAAGCAACAGGGCUAGAGGUGUGGAGCCCCAGCGCCAGCACCUUUCACUUCCAGGCUGGCAUCCCUUCCCCAUCAUGCGUUGCCUCAGCCUGGACCUAAGCUUGAACGCGAAUAAAGGCAAAUGAAGCAGC